UGACAAAGAAAUUAGUGAGAGAUGAUAAACCAAACAAAUUUAUACUUUAUCCAUAACUAUACUCUACACAUAGUGAGUAUCAAAUGCUGCAAUUUCAUCAUUGUCUCUCACUUCACACAAACCCUUUGAAUAAUCCCUCUAUCUUCUUCUUCCUCACCCAUCCAACUACCUCUGUUUCAACAAGAUGGAGUUUAUUCAACAACAACAGAAGAGGAAGAAGAAAAAUUUGUUGGGUUGAAGCUGUGGAAAAAGAUUCUGAAUUUGAAAUUGACCCUGAUAAAGCCCGUGAAGCUUUGAGAAAACUUGAUGAACAGCUUCAAACCCUUUCUCAGAAACAAAUUGACCCUCCAAAGAUUAGGGCUACUGAUGUGACCCGUGCUAGCAGCCAAGUAACAGAAGACACUCGCGAUCCUGAAGGAUCCUUUUUGACUUCCCUAGCGUUCGGUCUCUUACUCUUCACUAUUUUCUAUAAUAUACUCUUCACUACUGUAAUCAAACCAGCAGUUGAUGGACCAGAAACAGUUGCAGAAAUAGACUUAUAUGCUUCAAACUCUUGAAGCAGCUCAGGUAAAUCAUAUAGAUGGAGUUCAUACUGAGCUGUGAAAUAACAUUUUUAUUGAGAUUCAACUGUAUUAUGUUAUUUCAGAGUAAAACCAUAUUUUCAAGAGGCCUGUUUUUCAUAAUUUUA